CACUCUCACCUCACUGCUCAGUUUCACUCCUGACGCGUCUCUGGACCUGAACGGGAUGUAGUGGACCUGACUACACCGCGCUUCAUUUGGUUUCAUCUUCAGGACAGAUUCAAGGACGUUCAAGACAUGAGCGGUGUCGCAGUUUGGGCAGAGGAGGAGGACAUAACUCAGGAGGAGGUGCAAUCUUCUCCCGCCUGGUCAGAGGAGCGCUGUGAGGAGCUCUGGGAACGGGUGGAGGGGGUACGGCACAAGCUCACGCGUAUCCUCCACCCGGCCAAGCUCACCCCGUAUCUGCGCCAGUGCAAGGUCAUCGAUGAGCAGGAUGAAGACGAGGUGCUCAACUCCACGCAGUACCCACUGCGCAUCAGCAAGGCCGGACGUUUGCUGGACAUUCUACGUGGUCAGGGCCAACGAGGUCUUCAAGCCUUCAUGGAGUCACUGGAGUUUUACCACCCAGACCAGUACACACAGCUGACGGGAGAACAGCCCACACAGCGAUGCUCACUCAUACUGGAUGAGGAGGGUCCGGAGGGUUUGACCCAGUUUCUGCUCCUGGAAGUGCGUAAACUGAGAGAGCAGCUUCGAAACAGCCGCAUGUGUGAGCGACGCCUGUCUCAGCGCUGCCGGAUGGCGGAGGAGGAACGCAGCCGUGCCGAACGUAAAGCUCAGGAGUUACGUCAGGACCGACUGCAGCUAGAGAGGUUGCGUCAGGACUGGGAGUCAGCCAGCCGAGAGCUGGGCAAGCUGAAGGACCGGCACCUGGAGCAGGCUAUGAAGUAUUCCAGGGCCCUGGAGGAACAAGGCAAGGCCUCCAGCCGUGAGAGAGAACUCCUGAGGCAGUUAGAGGAGCUGAAGUCGAGGUUGACAGAGGCAGACAAAGAAACAGUCGAUACUCUAGAGAACACCAUGCCAGCAAAAAGACACAGUUUUCUCUCUCAUGGAGUAAAUAGUUCUCCACCUGCUGUGCCAGAAAAGCCGCUGCACUGUAUUGUUCCAAAACCUCAGAAUACAGGAACUCAGAUGAGAGACGCAGUUCCUGUUGAUGGAAUAAUGGCUCUGAUGGACAUCCUGCAGCAGGACCGCAGGGAGGCUGCAGAGCAGAGGCAGGAGCUCUGUGAUAUCAUUACCAGACUACGGGGGGAGCUACAGAGCACAGAGGAGCACUGGGACAAGCUGGAGUCGCAGUGUGAGCAGCUACAGCUGAAGGUGAGAACUCUCCAGCUGGACUGGGAGACUGAGCAGAAGAGGAGUGUGUCCUAUUUCAACCAGAUUAUGGAACUGGAAAAGGAGAGAGACCAGGCUCUGCGUAGUCGAGACAGCCUGCAGUUGGAGUACACCGACUGUCUGCUGGAUAAGAACCGACUGCGUAAACUCAUUGCAGAGCUGCAGGCCAACAUGGAGCAGCAGCAGAGGGAGCUGGAGAGAGAGAGGGAGAGGGGCCCGGAGCAGAUGGAGCAGAGCAGCCCCUGUCUGCACUGUUCCCACCUGUCCCUGUGCAGUGAGGACCAGUGCUACGGCCCCUGCUGUUCCCUCGGCCUGGACCUUAGACCGCAGGCCAGCAGCACCCGAAAGACGCCCUCUAGUGGCCAAGCCAAUGAGAGCUCAGAGAACUCUCGCUCCACCUCAGAGGAGAAUCUUCUUUCAUCAACAGAAGACAAUGAGAAGGAAAUAAAUCGGCUCUCCACAUUCCCCUUUCCUCCGUGUAAGAACUCCAUCAACCGACGAUUCAACACGGAGUUUGAUCUGGAAUCGUGGGGCAGUGAUGAGAAUGAUAACAUUACAGGUGAGCAGAGUGAACCUUCAUUGUGGGAUUCCUGGAACUCUUUACACUCUCAUCUCUUCCCUCCUGACCUGGUCAACCUGCCUGCAGUCUCUCCACAGCAUCAUCGCAAUCCUCGUGUUCCCAGGAUACCAUCCCGCUCUCCAUCCUCAAGCCCCCCCAUCUCACCAAAGCACCACAGAGCCAGCCUAGCUGAUGAUAUCACAAUUGUUGGAGGAAACCAAACAGGGAUCUUCGUCAGCCAUGUGAGACCUGGUUCCCCAGCUGAACUAUGUGGAGUGAAGGAGGGCUGUGAGCUGCUGGAGCUGGAGCGGGUUCUGUUUGGGGGCGGCAGUGUGAUGCUGGGCCAGUGCACGGCUGAGGUAGCCCACUUUUCAUUGCAGUGGUGGGAUGAUCCAUCCACGCUCAAACACCAGAGUAACCCAGAGGCAUAUUCCAAGCUAUGCUCCCUGCUCUCGUCACCUAAUUUUUCUGGUGCUGACUCCUUCUAUGUGCGUGUCAAUCUCAACAUGGGGCCUCGCGGUGACCCACCGUCUCUGGGUGUGUCCUGUGAUGACAUUAUACAUGUCACAGACACAAAGUACAAUGGAAAAUACCAGUGGAACUGUUCCUUGGUGGACCCAUGCACAGCCAAGCUCCUGCAGACAGGAACCAUGCCCAACUACAACAGGGCACAACAGCUGCUACUUGUAAGGCUCCGAAAAAUGGCCCUGGAGCAAAAGGACUUUAAGAGGAAGUUCUUGAAGAAAGCAUCUGGACGUGUGCGAUUGGUCAAGGCAGUGGACCCCAAUCCCAGCCGUGGGAUUGGUUCAGCCCAGCAGGUCUUUUACACACUCAGCAAACGUCACGAGGACCACUUGAUCCCAUACAGUUUGGUGCAGCCGGUGCAGGGUCAGACUAAGCGGCCAGUCAUCUUCUCCCCCUCUCUUCUCUCCCGUGGUCUCAUAGAGAGGCUGCUGCAACCUGCAGAGUCUGGUUUGAAGUUCAACACCUGCCCACCAGAGCCAAUCCAGGCUUCAGAGAGACGAGACAAGAGAGUGUUCUUGUUGGAUUCCUGCAGUCAAGAGCAGACUCUGGGAAUACGGCUGCAGUCAAUACAGGAUGUUAUCAGCCAGGACAAGCACUGUCUGCUGGAGUUGGGGCUGCCCAGUGUUGAGGGCUUAUUGAGACAGGGGAUUUACCCCAUCGUCAUCCAUAUCCGCCCUAAGAGCAAAAAGCACAAGAAGCUGAGGAAGUUUUUUCCACGGUGUGGAGAGGACAGCGUAAUGGAAGAGGUGUGUCAGGCCGAGGAGCUGCAGCUGGAGACACUGCCCCUGCUCUACUACACCCUGGAGCCCAGCACCUGGAGCUGCACUGAUGAGCUGCUGGCAGCCAUAUGCAAUGCCAUCCACAGCCAACAGAGGGCAGUAGCAUGGAUCGAACUGGAUAGGCUGCAGUAGAAGAGAGAUGUGGAUAGUCACAAACUGGAGUCUCUCUGGAUAAACCACAGCAAGGUUUAUAGGAUUAACAUUUCGUGUUAGAUAAUUCUGCUAUUCUAAGUGAGUGGACCAAGAUCAAGGGAGGCCAGAUUAGGCCUUUGUAUUGCAAACAGGAAUUUUAUAAUUCUCAUCUUUAUAGCUAAGCUGGACUGGCUACAAUGGGAGAAUACUGAAACAAUUUUAAAACUAAAAGAGAUUUUCAUUUUAGACUUUAUAGACUUUAUAUACUAGAUGGUAGAUUUUUUAUCAAGAGUAAUUAUGUCAUGUUACUUUUUUACAUUCAGACAGUUUAAAAUACUUAAAGUUUUAUUAUAUAGCUGUACUUUCAAAAGUAACAUUUAGUGAUGUUCUGAGCGGAAAUUUAAGCUGUGAGAAUGCAAAGAAGGAUGAAAGGUGAAGGGGACUGUAGCAUGUUGAAAGCAGGGAUGUAGUGAAGGGUGCAAACCUACUUAUCAUCGUUUUAUAUUCCAGUAAAGACUGUCUUUAAGAUGUAAACCAAGUAUACAGAUCAUACUUAAAAGUGUUAUCAAACUGAUAUAACUGUAGAUUUAUGAACACCUAUGCUGUUUUGUUUUGUUGAAGAACUACAUUUCUAGAUAUUUUUAAGUGGACUGGCUGAAAGUCAGCAAGUGCUGCAUUUCACUAUGACGACAUGGUCUUGUUUUGUACUGGCAAAACUUUUUUCCUUUGUACACAGUUUAAAAAUAAAUGUAUA